UUCACUUUAGAGAACAAAAUGUUUUCCACAUGGCUUGUGCACGUGGCAAUUUGGUGUUUGGUACAAGCAGUAACAGAAAAUUGCAAAAGAGGAGACAUGAUUGCUAGCACAGAUUCAGUAGUCCUUCCUGGAUCAAACAUUACCCUCUCAUGCCGGCUAAAACAAGGUGAACAAUGCAAGCAGCUAAUUUUCAAUAAUUCUGAAAUGGUCCUUGCAUAUGGAAGACACACAUUUAGUUGCAAAUGUAAAUCGAAUGGAAAAAUCAUCUGUGGAAUUGACAUCUAUGUUGGAAAUCCUCCAGACCAGCCUGGAAAUGUAUCCUGUAUUCAGUACGGAAGAGAUGGGAACCUUACUUGCACUUGGGAUAAAGGAAGACUCACUCACAUAGACACUACCUAUGUGGUACAGCUAACAAAUGAGACAGAAUGCUUACAUUUUGCAGAAGAAAGUAUGAAUCCUAAAUACGGCUCACUGAAUCUAACCAAGCUGAAUUUUGAAUCCAGUUAUACAGCUGUAGUUGCUGCCUCGAAUAGACUAGGAAAUGCUUCUUCCCUACCCUUUACAUUCAUGUUGAUAGACAUAGUGAAACCUCAUUCUCCAACAGAUAUUUUAGUGAAAUUUGACAACAUUUCUGCAACAAAUUGCACCGUCAUAUGGCAGGAUCAACAACAGACACAAAGCUUUAGACUAAGAUACCGACCGGUUAACAGUCAUUCCUGGAAUAUGGUUGAAACUUUAAAUUCUACAAGAUAUAAUCUACAUGAUCUGAAGCCACAUACAGAGUAUGAAUUUCAGGUUUGCUGCAAAUUUCACCCCAACAGAGGAAUGUGGAGUGACUGGAGCACAUUUCGAAUACAGACUCCAGAAGCAGUGCCAAGUGGGUUGUUAGAUGUCUGGUACAUAAUGCAGGAUUAUGGAUCACCCAAAACACAGAAUAUCAACUCUCUUUGGUAGGUUAUGAGCAAGUCAGAAGCAAGAGGAAAGAUCCUGCAUUACACACUGACCUUUCAAGCACUAAACCAGAAGAGUCCUAGAACGACAGAUGUGAACAUUACCACACAAACCCACUUCACUAGAGUCCUCCCCAAGGUGGAUUAUAACAUAAUGGUCUAUGCUCAUAAUUCAAAAGGAAACUCGUCUCCAGCGUCCAUCAUUACUGAUCUGAGUAUUUUAGAUUUACCUCCUCCACAGAGCAUCUCUGUUACACCAAUGGGAAAUAACAGCAUCUUUGUCAUUUGGGCGCCUCCCAGUGAAUCUGCAGCGUUCAAUGGAUAUAUAGUGGAAUGGGCAAAGACAUGUAGCCCUGAACCCCAUCUGAACUGGAUAAAAUUUCCAGCAUCCAAUUUGUCCACAGUAAUAUCAGAGAGCAUAAAGCAUGAUGUGUGCUACGACAUCAACGUAUUUGCACUUUAUAGGAACAGAGCUGGACGAGUGGCUUCAGCUAGAGGAUACUCGAAACAGGAAGCACCAUUAGCUGGCCCCCAGGUUUAUACAGCAGUAAAAGGAGAUGGUGUUUGGGUUUCAUGGGAAGAAAUCCCAGGCCACCAGCAAAUGGGCUGUAUCAUUAGCUACAAUAUAUACUUGCAGAAGAAAAACUCAGAGGAAGGCCCUAAAGUUUAUGUCAUCCAUAAAGAGACUUGCAGAAAUUCAUUUUUAAUCAAAAACCUGCAGCGUGGUGUGAACUACGUUUUGUGGAUGACAGCUUCAACCAUGGCUGGAGAAAGCCCUAUGGGGAACGAAGAACUGGUUUACCUAGAAAGUUCCUCUGAAUGGAUUGUUGUUUCAGCUGCUUGCAUCUUCUUCGGUAUUUCAGCCUGCAUUUGCUUUGUGCAAUCUGUUCAAAAAGCAUUAUGUUCACUCCUUUCUGUCCUUGUACCUCAGUGGUACAGAAAAGCCAUUCCAGACCCAGCUAACUCGACAUGGGCUAAAAAGUACUCCUCUGUAGAGAAUGAGCUGAACUUGGAUUCCAAUCAGUUUCUAAGCUACUUCAGCAGUUUUGAAGAGCCUGAAACUAUAGAAGUAGAGGAAGUCUUCAUAAAAAGAGAACCAGUGGCUUUCAAGGACAUACCCAUCUUCAACAACAUUAAAAACAGUGAAGGUCAUGGUUGGCAAACAAUAGAAAACAGCUUUGAGAAACAGGAAUCCACUGAAAAGAACUUUGAGUACAAACCUUUGGCCCCCAGCACACCAGAUGAUGGAGACAAUUACAAGUGUCACCUGCCUUACUUGUACAAAAAAGUAGUACUGGAGGAAACAGAGCAAAUCCAAACGGUUUCCGAGUACCUUACCAAUCCACUUACAGACAUGACUGUGAACUAUUUGCCUUCAAACAUAUCGUCUCCCAUUAUGGACACGAAUGAAGAAAGCAAUGAAUUUGAAUGCAAAUCCUUCUCCAUUUUCCCAACAACUUCUCUUCUGAUGCCAGUGCUUUCUUGUGGAGGGAAACUUACUUUGGAUGCAGUAAAAAUUGAUUGCAAUUCUUUCACAGACUAAGCAGGCCAGUUUGUAUGUCCGUGGUUUUUUGUUUUAUUCUGGCCAGGUUCUGUGCACUUUAGUCAAAUACACAAAUCACAAAGUUAUUGUUUUUAGUUUGGUAGUACCAACUUACCCACUUCAUGUAAUUUAAA